AUUACAAUGUGAUACAAUAUUUCCUUUUUUAGAAAAAGUGACUAACUCUAAUUAACAUUUUAUUGAUAUUCCUGGCUAAAUAAAUGGAAUACUUAAUAUAGUUAGUUUACAUUUCCGGUGAUUUUACUCCGUAUUUUAUUUUUACUUUGCCACACGCAGCAAUUCGCAGCAAUUCGCAGCAAUGUUAAAAUAAUUAUAUAAAGUCGAGGAGAGACUAGGGAGAGAUUUCGUUCUAACUACGAACAAAAUCAUUCAAUAAAUCAUUCAAUCAUUAAAAGAUGACUACAAUUGAUUCAUCAACAUCAAAUGAAUGGUGGAAUAUUAACAAACAUGUUAAAUAUCAUGCAAUCGAAACCACUUCAAAUUCUAAAAGGGUAGAAAUAUUUAAAAAAGAAAAUCUUUUAGACAAAUGCGAGUGGGUCGUAACAGAAAAAGUUCAUGGUAGUAAUUUCUCUUUUAUUACCAAUGGUAAAGAAAUCAAAUGUGCUAGUAGAUUAGGACUUUUAACAGAUUCAACUGAAUAUUAUGGAUUUCAAAAUGUUAAAGAAAGAUAUUAUAAAAAUAUUAUAAAAUUAUGGGAUAUAAUGUUAACAAAAAAUUUAAUUAAAUCAAAAUCAAAAUCAAAAUCAAAUAAUAAUGAUGAUGAUAAUUUAAAUGAUGAUGAUGAAAAAGUUAUUAUAAUAUUUGGUGAAUUAUUUGGUGGUAGAUAUUCUCAUCCUGAUGUAAAACCUAUAAAAAAUGCUAUAAUGUGUCAAUUUGGUAUAGAUUAUUGUCCACAAAAUGAUUUCUUGGCUUUUGAUAUUUAUGAUGGAAAAGAUUUUUUAAAUUAUGAUAUUAUGAUUGAUUUAUUUAAAGAAUCUGAAUUACCAUAUCUUAAACCUUUAUUUAGAGGUUCUUUUAAUGAUGCUUUUAAUUAUAAUCCUGAUUUUAUUACUACAAUUCCGGACUUAAUGGGAUUACCGCCAUUGCCAUUCCAAAAUAGAGCUGAAGGCGUAAUCAUAAAACCGGUAUUAACAAUUCGUGCGAAAGAUAAGGAUAGACGCGUAAUUUUAAAGAUUAAAACUACAGAUUUCGUAGAACGCGUUCGAACUAAAAAACGCGAAUAUAAAGAAGAAUCAAGAAAAAAAUCAAUUCAACCAAUGAAUGAAAUGUAUGAUGAAUUUUUAACAUUUAUUAAUGAAAAUAGAGUUUGUAGUGUAGUAUCAAAAUUUGGUCCUAUUAUAAAACAAAAUCAAGAAGAGAAUAUUGAAAAUAAAUUAAAUGAAAGGAUUAAUCAAGUUACUUUAUUAUUAUUUGAAGAUGCUUUAAUUGAUCUUUAUAAAGAUGAUGAAUUAAAAGAAAAAUUUGAAAAUUUACCAAUUUAUCAACAAGAAAUUAUUAAAGAAAAAAUUAAAGGGGUUGAAGCUUUAAAUGUUGUUAAAGAUUAUGUAGAAAAAAUUAAAAGUAUGAUUUCUUUAACUUCAGAUACUAUUUUAAAUGAUAAUAAUAAUAAUAAUAAUAAUAAUAAUAAGGAUUUAUUAGAUGAUAGUGAUGAUAAUAUUUUAGAUUCGAUUUUAACUUAA